CGCAAUCUGGUUUUUAAACUUUUUAACUACUGAACUUCGAAGAAACUUUUCGAAUACAGAAAAACGAAGAAAAAAAGAUUACGUUAAAAUGGCUUUCAGGAAAAGAAACAAGAGUUAUCCAUUCUUUAGCCAAGAGUUUCUCAUUCAAAAUCAUGCAGACAUCGUCUUUUGCCUGGUGGUUUUCAUCUUAAUUGGAUUGAUGUUUGAGGCAACAGCAAAAACAUCCUUCCUGUUCAUCCUCCCACAGUACAACACUAGCACUUUCACAUCUGAAGGGGAGGUGUCCUUCUAUCACUACGGCUGGAGGGACUGUGUUACGAUUCUCUUCUACUUCCUAAUUGCCAUUAUCCUUCAUGCAGUUGUGCAGGAGUAUGUGCUGGACAAAGUUAACAGACGUCUCCAUCUUUCAAAGAGCAAAAAUACGAAGUUCAACGAGUCAGGGCAACUAUGUGUGUUUCACUUAGCGUCUUCACUGUGGAGCCUCUACAUUCUAAUUACGAAUGGAAGGAUGUUUGUUAACCAGAUCUUGUUUUGUUUUCCUUUCAGGUUCCAGGUUAAAUUCUUCUACCUUUUCCAGCUGGCUUACUGGCUUCAUGCAUUGCCUGAGCUAUACUUCCAGAAAGUGAGGAAAGAGGAGAUGCCUCGUCAGCUGAAAUACAUCUCCCUCUACCUGCUGCACAUUACUGUGGCUUACCUGCUCAAUUUUACUCGAGUGGGGCUGGUUCUGCUGUUCCUGCAGUACCUGUCUGAGCUUGGUUUCCACAUUGCCAGACUCUUUUAUUUCACUGAUGAGAAUCAUCACAAACUGUUCGACAUGUGGGCGGUUGGCUUCAUAUUCACUCGCAUGAUGAUUCUGAUACUGUCGGUCCUGGUGGUGGGAUUUGGCCUGGCUCGUGUGGAGAACCAAGGGCUGGACUGGGAAGCAGGAAACUUCAACACCCUGCUGUUCAGGUUGGCUGUCCUCCUCGUGGUAUGUCUGACACAGGCCUGGCUGCUCUGGAAGUUCAUCCGGUUCCAGCUGCGGCGCUGGAGGGAGUACCGGCAGGAACAAGCUGCGCGCAAGAGAGCCGUUGCCAAGCAACCAGCCCGGCCUGUCAAGAGAGAGAGUGGAGGCCACCAUGAGAACGGAGUGAUUAAGGCUGAAAACAGUGCCUCCCCAAGGCCCAAGAAGUUAAAGGCCCCUUAGGUUUUGGCCGUAGUUCAAGCUUGGAUUUGUGGAAAUGGAAACUGGUUUUGAUUGUUUUGCUCCCAAUUGGAUAUUGAAGACAAUGCAGGCACUGAAUUCUCCUUGGUACAGUAUUGGGAAGGGCACUGAAUCUUCCACACCCUGACAAGCAUUGAAGUUUCUGAUCAGUAUUCCAUCCUCGCUGGCAGGAUAUCCUUGGUUCAAGUUCUUCCAGUCUCUUUUGCCUGUUUUACUGAAUGUAUUGUCAUCAGUAACGAGUCAUUUCAAUACUAAUGCCUUUACUCGUGUACUGCAGUUUUAAGCACUUUCCUUUUUAUUAAUAACUAGAAAAAGCCAAGUCCCCCUUCAAAACUGAAAAAGGCUAGAUUUUCCUUUCCUUGUUUGGUUCCCCAAGAAAUCUGAGUCUGAGUGCUUUUAGUAAAUAGCUCACACAGGCUUCCCCUUGUCUUUCUGCGGCUCUUUGUGAACUACUCACGUGUGGAGCAGAGAGUUUGAGUAUUAAGCUUCAGUAUGGAAGGUGACAGGUUUACAGCUUCAGGUUAGGUUAGAGAAUCCAUGGCAGUGGUGCAUAACUUAUAACACCUGCUGCAUUCAGGCACCCUUUUUUUAAAUGGAGAUAAGGGGCUAAUGUAAAACUGCUUUUUACAAGCAGUUUGUAUUAAAAAAUGAUUUUUUUCAUUUGUGACCAAUUCUACGUAUGAAUUAAUGAUAAAAAAUUGGAGCAAUAUUAUGUGCACUACAUUUUUUUGUUACAGUGCACCACUGGUGAAUAAAAUCACGGAAAUGAUCUGAAAAUUACAUUAGGCUUAAGCAGGUUUUCUGUAGUAGUCUCAAUUGGUGUAUAUCAGUAUGUUUCCUAAUGUUUCAAUAUCAGUGAAAGUCCCCUUUCAGAUCUUCCAUAAAAAGAAACAGGUGAUAAAAUCAUAUGGUUUACAUCUUUUUUAUGAAUUAAUGUAAAAAAAAAAACAGUGCAUAUUAUCUAUAAAAAAUCUAUCCAGAACUCAUUGCUAACUUCAAAUAGUCAAUUGCAAUAUGAACAGCAGUUGACUUUAAUUACAACAUACCAAAUCACAGAUUUAUAUUUUCUGCUUACUACAAUGAAUUAAGCAUGUGGAGACAUUAUUAAUUGAAACAACUAUACCAUUGUGAAUGCCAUUACCAGAAUUUGUUAUAAAGGUAAAAGUUAAAUAUGAUCUUCCGUCAUCAAUAGAAGAUAAAACUGUUACAAUAAAAGUAUCUCAUUAUGAACACAUACAAAGUGUAAAUACCUCAGCUUUGUUUUCUGUUCAUCUGACAUGUUGCUAAAUGUUCACCAAAAUAUACCGUAUAUACAUUAAA